GUCCAUUUCCUUUCGGCUGACUUCCGACGUUACACGACUUGCACGACGCCGUGCGAGGUUACCUUUUUCCGGUUCUUUGCGAGAGUGUACUCCACCCGUUCGAAAUGGCGAAACGCACGAAGAAGGUUGGAAUCACUGGUAAAUAUGGCACGCGUUACGGUGCCUCCCUCAGGAAAAUGGUCAAAAAGAUGGAAAUCACCCAACACAGCAAGUACACCUGCUCGUUUUGUGGUAAGGAGGCGAUGAAGCGCAGCGUCGUAGGAAUCUGGUCCUGUAAACGAUGCAAGAGGACUGUCGCUGGUGGCGCAUGGGUAUAUUCCACGACGGCCGCUGCUUCAGUAAGAUCAGCCGUACGUAGAUUGCGUGAAGUUAAAGAGCAGUAAAUUAUGUAAUAAAUAUCUUUUUAACAAUUUA